UCAAAGUGGCCGUCUGUUGUCAGCUGUGCGGCAAAGCAAAUUGUUUUUGUUAUUGUAAUAAAGUGAAACUUCCUUAUAUUUUCGCAACCAGUUUCCAAGUUGCACAAAAUCCUUUACCGUUAGUGCCUAUUGGUAUUGAAUAGGUUCAAUUCAGUGGUAUAAGUGGUUUUAAGAACAUUGCUGAUUGUGCUAUAUACGUGGUACAGUUGUGACCUGUGCUACAAAGAUCAGAUGGAUGGGCGGUAGCGGCAUGGCGCGGCGGACGGCGGCGCGCGCUCGCGUGCUGCGGCUGCUGCUGCGGGACACGAUGCGCGCGCUGCAGGACCUGUGCCCGGCUCCACCGCCUAAUGCGCCGGACGUGUCGGGCGUGGUGGCGGAGCUGAGCCGGCUGGCGGCGCGGCCGGCGGCGCUGGUGGUGCUGGGCAGCACGGCGUCGGCGCGCGCGCGCCUCGUCAAUUGCCUGCUGGGCGCUCGCCUGCUGCCCGACGACCUGCCCAGGGGCUGUCGCUGGAUACGAAUCCAAUUCGGUUCGUCGACGCAGGCGCACCUGACGCUGGGCAACUCGGAGUUCGAGCUGGUCGACGAGCUGGAGUGCAACAGGAGACCUUGGGACACGCUGCCUCUGCAGGACGUCCUCCGCCAAGACCCAUCCGACAAUUCCACUAUGCUGGAAGUAGAACUCAACAACUCUUUCCUAAAGACCGGCCAUCGCAUCAUCAUACCUCCAGAUAUUGCCUCAGACCCUGGACCUUCUACCUACUCCACUCUCAAGCAACUCCAUGCGGAUCUCUUUGCGAAACGAGAGGCCAUCUUGAAAAAUUUUAACCCUGUGUACCUGUAUGCCCUGGACAGCUUUGGCAGUAACAUCUUCAAUGAGAAUCUCAGUCUGGCGAAGUAUACGCCUUCUAGGAGUGAGGAGGAAUUCUGGAAUACGUUCAACCUGCAUUACAUGGCUCGUAUGGGGGCGGGGGAAGAGAUGAGAGUGGAUAAGGCCGAGGAGAUGUUUGAGGAGACGUUGAUGGGGAUGGACGAUAAUGCUGUGUUUACUCCGGAGAACUGCUUAGAUCUGCACCAAAUUAAGGAACUGGAUCCGAACUCACAAGUGUACUUCAUACUAUUCGCGGACAGCGUGUCCGGUCCGGACGGCCGGCCGGACAUCGCGCCGGACGUGACGGAAUCGGCCGGAUCCGGCGAGUCGACGUACAAUGCUGAUGAUCUGCCGGAGUCCGAUCAGGAUUUCGCUGAUGGGGCGUUGCGUAAUACAGAAUCUCAAGAGCAUAUCCCGAGAGUCACACUGGAGGAGCGGCAAGUGUCCUUCAUGAACGACCUGCUUGAUCAAUGGGAGCUAUUGACGAGUCCCCCGCCCAAGCACCACGUGGGCAGCACGUGGUCGAUAGUCGACGAGCAGGCUUUUAACACGGAGCUGGACGAGUCGCGGUACGGCGAGCGCGUCGUCCGCACCCGCAGCGGGCUCAUCCGCGCCGUGCAGCGGUACGCCGCUGACGUAGCGCACACGCAGCUGUUAGUGCAGUGCACUAAGUUAAGCGAGAUCCACGUGAAGCUACUACAGCAGUUCCUGCUGUCGUCGUUCGAGCUGGCGCGCGAGCUGCAGGUCGUCCCGCGGAAUAUACACUACGCCGCGCACAUGGAGCGACAGCUGUAUGAGAUGAUAACGGAGAAGUUCUCUAUGGGCGAGAAGCGGCGGGAGCUGCUGCGGCUGGUGGAGGAGGUGCUGCGAGACCUGCGACCGCACCUCGAACAAGUGGACUGGAGCGUCGAUGACCUACCGUGCCAUCAAGACAAGCGGUUUACCGUAUCGUCGUCCAUAUUCUACUCGAGCCGGAGUUCUAUCGACGUCCGACCGGAUCCGGACCGACCGGUUCGGACUGGUCCGGACAGGUCGGAUUCUGAGGCGGAGGAGGCGGCUUCGUGUUACGAAUUUGAUGAUUAUGAGAUCAUAGAUUCAGCGGACGAGGGAUUGUGUGUUAGCGAAAGUAUAGGUUACAUACUGAACUCCGAAGCGGGAUCGAGUAUGUUGUCGGUGUGCAGCGGAACUAACUUGUCCAGUAAACAAGCCUCACUCGACGUGCAGAGAGCAGUACUAUCGAAGCUAAGUCGGAUGAUAAGUCUGAAGCUAGUCAAUUUUGUGGACUGUCUGAAGGAAACUUACUUUGGCACGUUACAGAGAUGUAUAGAGAACCUGGAGUGCGUGUCGUCGAGUGCGGGCGGGCGCGCGGCGAGCGGCGCGGUGCGGCAGCUGCUGGCGGCGGUCCGCGCGGUCGACCUCGAGCCCGCCGCCGACGCCAGCCUGCUGCCGCGACUGUGGGACGCGCUGCGCCGCCUGGUAUACAGGCUGUGCGUACCGUACGAAGAGGAGGGCGUGUGCUGCGUGCUGAGCCCGCAGUGGCGGCGCCGCACCGCGCUCGCGACGCUCGACUCACUCACACCCGCGAGAUUAACAAGACUGAUAUCUACACAGAUCCUAGAGCGUCUGUCGGCGGCGCACGAGCGCUACCAGGCGGCGCUGUCGGCGCUCGCGGCCGCGCUCACCGCCCGCCUCGACCACACCAUGGACGCCAAGUACAACAUCCGCCGGAAGGUAGCGCCGCGGUUCGCGCGUCUCUGUCUUGAGAGCACGUCGAUGUGCGACCUACUCAAGUAUGGCAACCCGGAGCUGGGCCGAGAGAUUGGUCGUGGUCAAUAUGGCGUCGUGUACGCCGUGCGGGGCUCGUGGGGCGGACACGCGCCCGCAGCGGUCAAGUCCGUGCGCCCGCCAGACGACCGCGCCUACAGAGAUCUCGCCAUGGAGUUCUUCUAUACCAGGAGUAUUCCCGCCCACCCGCGCAUCGUGCAGCUGCUGGGCUCGGUGGUGCAGCGUGGGGGCGGCGGUGCGGGCGUACUGCUGGUGUCGCGGCGGUACUCGCGCGACCUUCACGCGGCGGUCGCGGCCGGCCUGCCGCUGCCGGCGCGCAUGGCGGUCGCUGCGGACAUCGUGGAGGGCAUCCGCUACCUCCACUCCCUCGGUCUCAUCCAUCGGGACAUCAAGCUGAAGAACGUGCUACUGGACACCAACAACCGCGCCGCACUGGCUGACCUUGGGUUCUGCGCGCUGGGCCCACUACUGGGCGGUUCCGUUGUGGGCACGCCCGUGCACAUGGCACCGGAGUUGCUGGGCGGAGAAUACGAUACGGCCGUAGAUGUGUACGCCUUCGCUGUGUUGUUCUGGUACUUGUGUGCGGGCACGGUGCGGCUACCUGCGGCGUUUGAGACCUUCCAGAACAAACAGCAGCUGUGGACCAAGGUCAAACGAGGCCUCCGUCCAGAACGGUUACCACACUUCACGGACGAGAUGUGGGAUAUUAUGACGUCAUGCUGGGCGCCCGACCCCGCCGCCCGCGCGUUACUAGGAGACGUCCAGCCGCGCAUAGAGAGGAUACUGGAGUGGGCGCGUGACCUGCCCCCAGAAAGCGAAGUGGCCAAAGACGAGUGGUCAGGCGCGUCGGACUCUGAUAUCUGUUAGUGAUAAUGGACUUAGAAUGAAAAGAGGGUUUAAAUUCGCAUUAUGCUGGACGGCAAUGGCGAAAUUCGAAAUUCAAUUUUUUGAGUGCGAAGGAGAGAGUAAAGAUAAUAAUAUUGUGUGGUCCGGUGCGCCAGGACUCUGAUAUGACAUGUUAAUGGACAGUAAUAGAACGUCGUCGCGAGGAUAAGGCUGGAUUUAUAUGAGCCCGCCAGUUGGCGGCUACACCGCGAGAUGACAAACAAAAGUCAUAGGGCGGAACCAGGGCCUAUACCACAAAACGGUUUUGGGACUCAAACAAUCGGACGAGAAUGCCAUGUCC